GAAUUAAGGCCUGCUUUCGAUUGUACUACUGUGGUUGUCCGCCUGUGUCAUCUUACCGAUCAAAAUCGAUUAAAGCUUCUUGGACUCGCGUGGACUUUUAGCGAGUGCCAAUGCACAUGCUGAUCCGUCACGUGGCGUGACAUGACAUACUUGGCAGACAUAUGCGAGCAAACACGAUUGCGACCACUCGUGAGCCACUGAAAUUUUCUUUGCUUGCAUGUAUGGUGACGUACAAGUGCGCCACACAUCCUAUUAAUGAGGCAGAUCCGUAACCAGUGCGUUCACUUGCCAUAGAUCCAACUGCUGCGCAGACGACGUACCUUUUCAUGCUUAGGCCACAAGCUGGAUCGAAUAAUAACUGGGCGCCGGAUGCCGUUCCAUCUGGAUUCGUCGUUAAACCAAGACCGACAGUACCUAAUAAACCUAUUUUCAAGAGAGCGUGUGAAUUGUUAUCAGUAGUUCAGUGGACUACAGGUUUUCUAUUUAUGGGAAUUUCGUGUUUUGUCAUAUUCGUUUACCUUAUGUACAGCAUAGGAAAACACAUCCUUCUGCUAGUUUUGUUCACUGUCAGUGUUCCGUCACGCGGAAGAUCCGCGCUUGAAGUCAUGCAAUGGAGCACCUGUGAGGCUUGCUAUUUUGCUCUGACUGCCACUUUGACCACAUGUUACAUCCGACAUUGGCAGCAUGAUUUGGGUGCGGAAGAGCGUGGUUCCCAUCCAUGGAAGACCAUGCGACACUUGAACAUUUGGGAACAAUUGGCCAACUAUUUUCCGAUUCAACUGAUUCUCAGUGAAGAGCUGUUAGAAUGUGUCGAAUCGAGGAGAAGGACGACAGUGUCAGCUGGUGAUUGGCAACCAUACACAGUUGCCGGAUUACCUGCAGAUCGGAACUACUUGGUCGGUUAUCAUCCCCACGGAGUGUUCAGUACUGGAGCAUUUGUUAAUUUUAUGACCGAGGCUAAUGAAUUUUCCAAGGUGUUUCCUGGUUUAACUCCUUGGCUGGCUACACUCAAAGCCCACUUCAAAUCUCCGUUCUAUCGUGAAUACCUCAUGUCAUUGGGAAUGGUAUCAGCAUCCAAACGCAGCCUUCAAUAUCUCCUGGAUGAAAAAGAACGCAAGUGUACGGGAAAUUUUGUGAUUGUUGUGGUCGGCGGAGCAACAGAAGCAUUGGAAGCCCAUCCCCGUCACUAUCGGAUGGUGGUUACUAAACGUUUCGGGUUUUUCAAACUGGCUUUACAAACUGGUUCUACCCUCAUUCCCUGUCUGUCGUUCGGAGAGCAAGCCAUGUACAAUCAAAUACCGAACGAACCGGGUACUCGUCUGAGGAGAUUCCAAGAUUGGUUUGAAAGUGUCUGUACGUUCUCUCCUCCUUUAUUCUACGCACGAGGGCUGAUUCCAUACCGAACGCCGGUAAACACUGUUGUUGGGGCACCAAUUCCGUGCAAACGCAUCGAGGAUCCUACGCCGAAACAAGUUUGUGAGGUGAAGCAAAUGUACUUGGAUAGCCUGCAAGGCCUGUUCUGGAAGUACAAAUCUGUUUAUGAUCCAAAGGCCGAAGAUAUUGUUUUUCUUUAGAUUUUAAUCGACUCCAAAUUCCAUGAAUCUUCCGCUAGCCGUUUGGAUUUAGACAUCUCUUAUUCUUUCGAUGAUUUCAUUGGUGGUUCUUCUGUUUUGUCUCACAUAUUUUGUCGUUGCCAAAUGCAUCCGGUGCGUCAGAUGGCAGAUUAUAAUUUUAGCAAGCGAAGUCGGCC